UCACCAUCAGACCAUCAUUAUCCAAACAACAUUGAAGGUGCCAAGUUUGAUCUAUUAAAAUGAAUUUUUUUAGUUUGCUCACUUUUGUGUUGGCGGUGAUUGCCUUGUUCGCGGGAUUCACAGAUGCAAACCCCAAAGUCAAUGUGGACGCAAUUAGAAAAGGCGGAAGAGUUAUUAGAAAAGGCCUCGGUGUCGUUGGAGCAGCAGGCACAGCACACGAAGUGUACGAACAAGUAAAAAAUAGAAGACAAGGAUAAUUUAAUAAAUUUUAUUAAAUAAGAAUUUUGUUCAUAAGUAUUUGAUAUGCGUACGAAAUAAAAUAUUUCAAUACA